CCGGUCCUGGAGGCCGGCAGCAGGCGCUGGGGCCCGCUGCUCCUCGCUGUCUUCCUGGUGGCGUCCCGAGGUCUGGUGGCAGCCUUCAAGAUUGCCACGCCGUAUUCCCUGUAUGUGUGUCCUGAGGGGCAGAACGUCACCCUCACCUGCAGGCUCUUGGGUCCCGUGGACAAAGGGCAUGACGUGACCUUCUACAAGACAUGGUACCGCAGCUCGCGGGGUGAGGUGCAGAGCUGCUCGGAGCGCCGGCCCAUCCGCAAUGUCACAUUCCAGAACCUUCACCUGCACCAUGGAGGUCACCAGGUCGCCAACACCAGCCAGGACAUGGCCCAGCGCCACGGGCUGGAGGCGACCUCUGACCACCAUGGUAACUUCUCCAUCACCGUGCGCAACCUGACCCUGCUGGACAGUGGCCUCUAUUGCUGCCUGGUGGUGGAGAUCAGGCACCACCACUCGGAGCACAGGGUCCACGGGGCCAUGGAGCUGCAGGUGCAGGCAGGUGAAGAUGCACCGCCCAAAUGCACUGCGUACCCACCCUCCCCUCAUGAGAGUGAAAACAUCACAGCUGCAGCCCUGGCUACGGGCGCCUGCAUCGUAGGAAUCCUCUGCCUCCCACUUAUCCUGCUGCUGGUCUACAAGCAAAGGCAGGCCGUAUCCAACCGCCGUGCCCAGGAGCUGGUGCGGAUGGACAGCAACACUCAAGGGAUCGAAAACCCUGGCUUCGAGGCCUCACCACCCACCCAGGGGAUACCCGAGGCCAAGCCCAGGCCCCCACUGUCCUAUGUGGCCCAGCGGCAGCCUUCUGAGUCUGGGCGGCACCUGCUCUCCGAGCCCAGCACUCCCCUGUCUCCUCCGGGCCCUGGGGAUGUCUUCUUCCCUUCACUGGACCCUGUCCCGGACUCCCCAAACUUUGAGGACAUCUAAACCAGCUAGGGGACAGUGGGAAGUUGUGGCUGGGUCUGGGGCAGGUGCAGCUAAGCUGGGGCUAGCCCUGUGAGUGGCCUCCCUGGCUCCUUCCCUCCUGCUCUGAGCCUAGAUUCUGCAAUACCGCUGAUGCCCGGGCCCUCAAUCCCCUGGAUGGCACACGGGGGAAGGGAGAGGAUAUGGGGUCACUCAGCCCCUGUCCCAAGGAUGUUGGGGUGCUUGAACCCCCCCCGAGACCUGCAAUUCACCAGCUACAGAUGCCAAAUGAUCUGCAUCCUAAGAAGUGCCAGAAUUUCCAGCUCUGCAGCCUCUCCCCCAGACGUGAGCCUUAGGACGUGGUGGCAUCAAUGGGACAAGAUGGGUACUGGGCAGACCACCCAGUGCCCCUCUCCCAGGCAUGAGACAUAGGACAAGCUGUGGAGAGACUUCUCUGCGGUUGACCCCGUCUUGCCUGAAGCUGCUCAUCUGUGAGACUUACUCUCUCUACUCACGGGGGCUCUGGGAUAGGUCUACCUAUUCCCAGCCACCAGAGCCUUCCCUAGCUGCCUCUGACCAGCAAUUUCUCUGAGGAUCUGUCAACAGGUCAAGCCAAUCUGGGACUCCCACUGCCUGCAUUCUGGCCCCCAGAGCUCAGUGACCCCAAAACAGGAAGUCCGUAUUGGGGCCCGGUGGCCACCGUGAGCCAACUGGUGUCUUGGGCAAUCUGAGGCCAGGCCAGAGGUUGCACCACCCACCGCAGAUGGCUAUGAGGGGUGGGUGGGGCCUGCUGGGAAGGUGAGUGGAGAGGGGCUCCCCUCCCCUCCACCCUCCCCAUCCCCUACUCCCACUGCUCAGCAUGGGUCAUGGCAAGGGUGCCAUGGAAUGUCUUGUCCACACUGAGAUGCUGCUGAGUGUGAAAGGGGCGUGCUAUUAAAAACUAUGGGGGCAACAGGUGCAAGCCCUGUGGAUCCAUUGUCAGAGCCAGG